CUCUGAGUCUGGAAUGUCUUUCCUCCUGGAUCCAAGCUUCCUCUCCGUAGGGAUGUGGUCCAUCGGCGCGGGGGCCCUGGGGGCUGCAGCCCUGGCACUGCUCCUGGCCAACACGGACUUAUUUCUGUCCAAGCCCCAGCGAGCAACCCUGGAGUAUCUGGAGGAAAUAGACCUGAAAACUCUGGAGAAUGAACCAAAGACUUUCAAAGCAAAGGAGCUCUGGGAGAAGAAGGGCGCUGUCAUCAUGGCUGUGCGGAGACCAGGCUGCUUCCUCUGUCGAGAGGAGGCUGCGGACCUGUCCUCCCUGAAGCCCAAGUUGGAUGAGCUGGGUGUGCCCCUCUACGCCGUGGUGAAGGAGCAGGUCAGGACCGAAGUGAAGGACUUCCAGCCUUAUUUCAAAGGAGAAAUCUUCCUGGAUGAAAAGAAGAAGUUCUAAGGCCCCCAGAAGCGGAAGAUGAUGUUCAUGGGGUUCGUUCGGCUGGGCGUCUGGAGCAACUUCUUCCGGGCCCGGAGCGGAGGCUUCUCUGGAAACCUGGAAGGCGAAGGCUUCAUCCUCAGGGGCGUUUUUGUGGUGGGAUCAGGAAAGCAGGGCAUUCUUCUUGAGCACCGAGAAAAGGAAUUUGGAGAUAAAGUAAACCUAGUGUCUGUUCUGGAAGCUGCUAAGAAGAUCAAACCACAGACUUCAGCUCAGGGAUAACUAGGGGCUCAACUGUGUCCCCAGGAUGUCCGGUUUCCACUCGUGCCGCUUAGGCCAUCUUCUUAGUCUAGAUCAUUAUUUGGUUUAACUGUGCUCUGUUUAGUAAGACAAAAUAAGCCCCAAUAACACUGAUAACCUAAGAUCUGAGUAAGGGGUAUUUCAGCUAAAACCUGGAAAACACGAGGCUUAAAAUUGGCUGGAGCACCGCAUUACAAACGUAUAUGGUGUUUGAGGUGCUGUUAUUUGAAAUGAGUUUACUUUCAUGUCUUUAAAAAUCUAGGGAAAUUUGGUGAUUGACUAGAAGAUUAAGGAUAGAAGACUUUUGGCUUCUGUGUUUUCUAUAAUCACUUG